UAUCCCGAUGACGCCUUCGGAACCGCGUCACGUGGCGGGAGGGGCAAAGGUCACGUGGCGCAAAAGAUGGCGGCUCCGGGCGAGCGAGAAGCUGGAGGCGGCGCCGAAGAGGCGUUUCUCACCUUCUACUCCGAGGUGAAACAAAUAGAAAAACGAGACUCUGUCUUAACAUCAAAAAAUCAGAUCGAGAGGCUUACUAGGCCUGGAGCAUCCUAUUUCAACCUGAAUCCAUUUGAGGUAUUGCAGCUUGAUCCUGAAGUGACAGAUGAAGAAAUAAAAAAGAGAUUCCGUCAGUUGUCCAUAUUGGUGCAUCCUGACAAAAACCAGGAUGAUCCCGACAGAGCCCAGAAAGCAUUUGAAGCUGUUGACAAAGCGUACAAGCUGUUGCUAGAGCAGGAGCAGAAGAAGAGAGCCUUGGACGUGAUUGAAGCAGGGAAGGAAUACGUGGAGCACAUUGUGAAAGAGAAAAAGAAGCAGUUAAAGAAAGAAGGCAAGCCACCCAGUGUCGAAGAGGAUGAUCCAGAAAUAUUCAAGCAAGCUGUCUACAAGCAGACAAUGAAGCUCUUUGCUGAACUGGAAAUCAAAAGGAAGGAAAGAGAAGCAAAGGAAAUGCAUGAAAGGAAGCGGCAGAGAGAAGAAGAGAUUGAGGCACAAGAGAAAGCCAAGCGUGAGCGAGAGUGGCAGAAGAACUUUGAGGAGAGUCGGGAUGGCCGUGUCGACAGCUGGAGGAACUUCCAAGCAAAUACGAAAGGGAAGAAAGAGAAGAAAAACAGGACCUUUUUGAGGCCCCCGAAAGUGAAGAUGGAGCAGCGCGAAUGAGCCGGUUUUCUCCCAGGCUUUGAAAGGACUAUCCUGUACCAUCGCAUUUAAACCUUUCUUGCUUUUCCAGUAGGAUCUUUUUGUUUUCCAGUAUGAUUGAAUUCUUGGUCAAAGUAUUCCCCACGCCCCACACCCCGUACUCUGCUCAUUUGCCUGAGGUUCAUGGUGUGACGUGCAGGGCCCCACUGAUCUUAGAACACUUGGCUUACAUAGGAAGACUCUGCCAGAAGCUGCCCGCCAUGUCUCCCUUUUAGUCCCAUAAUUCCAUGUUCUGUACUCCCAAGGAUAUUUGCUGUUCAGAGUGGUCAUCUGCCUUGAUUUGUAGACGUGUCGCGCUGAGGCAGAUGCUCAAAGGUGUUGUCUUGGUGAUCCCUUUGCUCACUUUAAAGUCGGUCAUUUGUUCCUCCUCUGCAUUGGUCUCCACUCGUCGUUGGCGAGGGUUCGAGCUGGGAAGCAGAGACGUACGGCUUGGCUUGCAACUCGGCCGCAUGGAGCUGAAAUUCUCCCCUGCCUGAUUUCCCGGCUGGCAGCUCCUGGUUUCCAGGAUCACAGAUUUGGGGGAGAGGGUGGGGGGGCAAUCUGCUUAGCUUGAUGGGCCAGUCAACCUCUGUAAAUAAAUAAAAGAAAUAUCUCGUUGAAUAUUCAGUUAGUGGCCAUGUUCUGUAUUCAAAAUACAUUUUGCUCCCGGAA